AAGAUGCACAAAUUGCAUUCCGAAGCAUGAUAAAUAGUAGUAGUAAUACACAGCUUCUGCUUGUCCUUGAAUAAUUUCCAUCAUGGAAUCUGCUAUCUCCCUACGUUACUGUCCCUUUCCCUACAGCUCCAAAGGAUUUCAAAGUGCAGCUUCUAUCGGAUUUCAUCUCAGGUUAAACCAUGCCACACCUCUUUCUGCUCCUCAAUUUUCUGCCACCAGACACCAAGUUACACGUUCAGUUUGGCAUGCAAAUUGCACGUUUGAAAGAUUCUCUCAGCCCACCCAGAAGGAGGAAAGAGGCAGCGAAAUUCUGAGAGGGGUUACAGGAGCUUCUCUUGUGCUGGCAUGUGUUCUUGGAUUGUUUAACUUUAAGAUGAAUCCAAAACUCACCACCGCUCAUGCUUCUUCUUCUUCUUCUUUUCCUUCAUCUGGUCAUUAUAAUUCAUCCAUGUUUGAGAAUGAAGUUGAUGGCAAAGGAAGAGAUGCUCUUGAGUCAUUGUUGAAAAUAAUGAAAGAUGCACAAGUUCAUGAGAAUGAGAUAAUCCCUUCCCAGUUUAACGAGGAUCGUGGACCUAGCGGAGAAGAAGUUAACACCCUUAAGUGUAUUGCUAUUCGUGAAAGCAAAUCUCCCAAGGGACGUGAAGCACUGAAGAAACUGCAAGAACAAUACAUAAAAUGCAAGAAUGAUGAUCUUCGACAGGCACAAGAGUACCUUGGAGUGGCUUUGGUAGAAGUUUUACUCCUGCUCCAGGAAAAUUUGGAGGAGGCCCGUAAAAUACUUGACCACCAAAUCAUCUAUCUGCUUCAAACUGAGUCAAAAAAUAUUAGCGCUAAGAAGGCUAAUAAGUUAACCCCAAAAGAGAAAUGUGAUGAACUAUUAAACCUUUACGACGAUGAUGAUUCUGGAUUUGGGAGGAGAAUGGUAAAAGCUAAAUUGAUCCUUUACAAGGCCAUUGUACACACAAUGUUGGAAGACAACGGAGCACGCAAAUGGGGUAAUAAGGAAGCACUUGAAUGGAGAAAAACAUUCAUCAAAACAUUUUAAUCAAUCAUACCUUCAUUUUUAUUCACUUCACAACAUCAAUUUCUCAGUGGGACACAUUUUUUAUUUUAUAUAAAAAACUUUCAGAUAAUUUAUCUCUCAUUUAUUAUUUUAAUCUAUUUCAUUUUAUGUAACCCUUCAUAUUUAAUUAUAUAAUUUUAUAUAUAUAAUUAAAGACUAUACACUUUUGUGGGCUUUUUAGCCUUAUAGAAUAAUCUGAGUUGAGGGAAAAUCUGAAUGGGAAAUACACACUGCUUCCUACACUUUCCCAUUCUUCUUUUGUCUUUAAAUAAUAUUUAAACGAAUAUGAAUAUGCGUUGUAUUCUUAAACGGAUAUCAAUA